GACACUAGUAUUCUUAGGGCUGAGGGUUGCAAUGGGUCGGCUUACUUCGUCUCAGCCAAAAAGAAAAGCACAACUCUCAUCUCUCACACCCAACACUGAUGGAUCUCCUGCAAUUCAAGCAUCAGUAGUGUUUGAUCUCGUCCGAUCUUUGGUGGGAAAACGACUCUGAUUUGGCAGCUUUGAUCUCUGCUCUCAACAAAGCUCUCAUUACCCAAAAGCUCAUCUGCAUGCAUGGUAUUAAUAAUGGUUUACAGGGAAAAAGAUGUUUAGUAGUUGUAGAUUUGGCUGUGAAGAUGUUUCUUGGUUCGUUUGUAGGCAAUAUGAAACCCUUUGUAUUCUAACUUGAAUGUUGCAUUUGAGUCGUAUUAAUUUGAAAAGAAAAAAAGAGUCCCACUACUAAUGUCUUGGUUUGAGAUGGUAGAGAAAGACUCAAACAACCCUGCAUCCCUGGAAAGUAGACAUUUAUGGGUUCAAAAUUCAAAACGGAGGAGAAAGGCUUGGGAAGUGAAUUAGUCAAGCAGGCUACGAUGAUAUAAUAGGCUUUGUAGACUAUAUAGGCUCCUUAAAGAAGAAGAAGGAGGAGAAGGGGGACGGGUGAUUCAAUGGAUCAAAUUCUCUCCAUUUUUCGCUGGUUGUGGGGUGAAACAGACGAUAAAAAGAACCCAAGUGAAAAACCACCCCUUAUUUAUCCGCCGAGAUUGGGCUCAGAUACCAAGUCUUCAAGUUCAAGGCCUGCGUUGCAACAGAAUCAAAUCACUUCUCCACCGAGCUUAGGAUCAUGCAGUGACUACACAUUUCAGACAAAUCUACAAACUCAUCCUCCCCCUCCACUGAGCUCUAGCUCAUUCACCCACUCCAAAACAAGUGGUGCAUCAUGUUUUCAGCCAACACUACAGACUCUAGAGACUCACCAACAACUGAGUUCUAGGUCAUCCAGCACAGGAGAAAGAUGGAUCAAGCACUACAGCAGUGAGUACAAAAUAUUGCUGGUGGGUGAAGGGGACUUCUCAUUCUCUGCGUCUUUGGCUGUGGCUUUUGCUUCUGCUACAAACAUAACCGCUACUUCUCUUGAUUCUAUAGAGUUUUUGAGCACAAACUAUAGGUAUGCCUUGUCCAACAUCGAUUCACUACGGAGCUUGGGAGCUAAGGUCAUGCAUGAUGUUGAUGCCACUAAAAUGGCACACGUUUUCCCAUUCAAUUGCAUGCGUUUUGAUCGAGUUGUCUACAACUUCCCGCUGGCUGGAUUUUUUCCCAAUGCUUCAAGGGAAGAUCAGAUCCGGCGAAAUCAAAUGCUGGUACAGCUGUUUUUAGAAAAUGCUAAGAAGAUGAUUCACAUAGAUGGAGAAAUCCACAUUGUUCACAAAAGCAAUGGCUUCUUUCUUGAGUGGAAUUUGGAAUUUCUAGCCUCAAGAGUUGGGCUUCGACUUGUAGAAGAAGAGCCCUUUAAUUUUAUGGACUACCCAGGGUACCGCACCAAGUAUGGCUUUGGGGGUGACAAUAACUUCAACUGCAAUCCCAGCAGAACUUACAAAUUUGGGAAAAUACCGAAUGAGAAGCCUAGCUACUUGUAGAUGUUGGUGGAAGGAGUUUGAAACUUUGUUUUUGUAAUUAACACAAUGAAUGUUGGCGUGGAAUGUUUUGGGAAAUAAUAAAAAAGGACAUAGAAUGGGAAGACA